CCAGGACGACAUACCUCUGGAACCCAACUCAGACAGUAUGGAUGUUAGUUUAGACAUGUUGUACCGCAGGUUGUGGAGCGACUGGGUGAUCAGAUCACGUGUUAUAGGGUGGUGGCUGUACACUAACACUCUGACGGGGGACGAGUUCCUCUCCUGGCUCACUUCUACUCAGAUCUGCGCUAACACUGAGGAGGCGAGACACUUUGCUAACCAGCUUCUCCUCGUCAACUUCCUUAUCAGAAUACACCCAGAACGAAAUAAAGAAGACGUUCAGCCGGAAGAGUUGACGGAUGAUGAUAGUUGUACAAUCUAUCAGAUUAAUGUUUGCUGCAAUCAAUCGGUAGACACAGCGACCAAGGUGUUCCACACCCUAGCACACGCAGUCAGACUGUGUAGUGUUCACUCAGAAGACUGCAUUUACUACGGUAAAUCUGAUGUCAAGGAAGACGUUCUUCUAGAACAGUUCGAGCUUGAGGAAUCUAGUCCACCUCCUAGUUUGGAGAGCAGUGAUAAUACUGAUACGAGUCUGUCUGCCUCGGAAGAAGCAAAGAGGUUCCUGCAAUCUGUUUGCCGAGCUUACUAUCCCAAGUUCACCUCAGCAAUUGAGGAUACCUAUUUCUCUUACGAGAUUAAUUCAGAUUCCUGUGACCACGAGGAUUUUAGUAUCCCAGACGAGAUGUUCCACUCUUAUCAACUAUCUACAUUUGACCAAGAAGACAGUAUAGUAAUAGAGUUGGAGGAUGGUGUAAAUCUGCAGGAUCUAGAUGGAGAUGGUAGGAGCAUUCUCCGCAUGGUGGAGGAGGAUUCCUCUCUUGAAGUAAAAGAGCGCUCGAGUACUUUAGAUCUGCUUCCGACUCCCAGAGACUCUAGCCUCAUGUUUCAAACUGCCAGACUUGAGAUUAAUUAUGAAGAUAUUCCCUCACUCUGAUAUUGGAUAUAGUUCACGUCCCGGCUUGAUGCACAUUAAAUAGUUUCAGAACUGUAAAUGAAGAGACUUAUUGAAUAAUAAGGAUCGAGGCGCUGGAAAAAGUGUUAAGAUAUUAUCAUAGACUAAUAUUACUGUCGUGGUACGUACUACAAGAUGAACUAUCGGUUGUGAUCGGGGUAAAGAAGUCUGAUUCGCGGUAAUGAUAUGUUUUUUGUAAAAGUUGAGGUAUUAUAAGUUAAUCGUGGUUAAUAUUGGCAUUGGCAAGACGACAAAAUCAAAAUAA